UUGAGUACUAAAAAAUGAGUGAUAUUGUCACAGUUAUGCAAGGUGUAAAGGACUCCGAAUACGGAAAAAUACUCCUCUCCAAUGUGAUAGUUACGAGGAAAAGAAACCUCUUCAUGGAUCGUAUAUGGACGACUCCUGAUAUCAAAAUCGGUGUAGUAAUUUUAGCUGUUCACUUUCUUGCCCUUUUUGCGCCAUUUACAUUCACAUGGGGUGCGUUCUGGGCGAGCUUUGCCAACUAUGUGUUGCGUGGAGUUUUUGGUGUAACUCUGUCAUAUCAUCGAAAUCUAGCACACCACAGUGUCAAGCUGCCCAAAUGGCUUGAGUACACCUUUGCUUAUCUUGGAGUUCUAGCUUUUCAGAGGGAUCCUAUAUUUUGGGUAAGCAUGCAUAGAUAUCAUCAUCAACAUGUUGAUUCAGAUAAAGAUCCACACUCUCCAAUAUUUGGAUUUUGGUUUAGUCAUAUGGGUUGGCUCUUUGAUAAUGGCUACAUUCUUGAAAAGUAUCAAGAGCGUAAAAAUGUGGAAGACUUGAGGAAACAGGCAUUUUAUCGAUUCAUCAAAAGAACCUAUAUGUUGCAUUUAUAUGCAUUUGCUGUCCUCGUAUAUAUUUUUGGUGGAUUUACAUACCUCGUUUGGGUUGUGGGAGUUUCAACCACAUGGGGAUAUCACGUGACUUUUCUAGUGAACUCAGCUUGUCAUAUAUGGGGAAACCAAGCUUGGAACACUGGCGAUCUUUCCAAGAAUAAUUGGUGGGUAGCAUUGAUUACUUUUGGUGAAGGAUGGCAUAAUAAUCACCAUGCAUUUGAAUAUUCAGCUCGACAUGGGUUAGAAUGGUGGCAAAUUGACAUUUGUUGGUAUACGAUAAGGUUUCUUGAAGCGCUAGGCUUAGCCACCAAUGUUAAAUUACCAACCGAGGAUCACAAACUUAAGAAGUCAUUGGCUUCUCUUAACAAGUUAAAGUGAUCAUAACUUAAAGAUAUAUAUAUAUAGGGUUACGAUCAUGUGAGAAGCACUAAGUUAAUUGAGAAACACAAGAAGCAUUCUGUACCAUAUUUUUCCUAAGCAAAAACGCAAAAAAAAAAAAAAAAAUGCAUUUGUUUGUUUGAAAAAAUUGGAGCUUUUUUCUGUAAGGUGUUUUUUUUUUUUUUUGUAAUAUAUACAUAUAUGUAUAGCUGAUAUAUACACAUGUGUAUAUUGCUAACCUUUAACUAUACA